AUGCGACGCCACGACGUGAAUAUCAAGUUUGAAAUGCUCGUUAAUGUUUUAGGACUCGCCAGUCGCGCUUGCAAGAAGAAUAUUCUGCACGAGGCAGCAUCUGCUAUCAAAGGCUUGAAAAAAUGGCAGAACUUGGUGCUGCAAGCAACCACGGACGCGGUGAACGAAGAAAAGACAUCGAUCGUAGAGCCGGCAGGACCCAUGGUCGAUCACCCGCAGUACGAUCCGCCGAAGAGCAAUUUGAAACGCCCCGCGGCAGUCAGCAACCAGAUCGCGAAGGUGUUUAACCAGAAGGAAGACGAGAAUACGGCCGAGGAGGUGUCCAAAGGCUACGCAACCGAAGGCCCGAUUAAGACGAAGCCGAUCAAGAGUGUCUAG